UUUAUUUACGUAAACAAAAUAAGAUUUUGAGAAAUACGAAUCAAAAAUUAAAAAAUAUGAUUAAUAAUAAUAAGUAUAGGCAAAUGUUAAAGGAGAUGCUAACUAAUGAUCAAAUUCGGACUCUAUUUACCAAAAAGCGUAUCAAAAAUUGGUCAAAUGAGACCAUUCAACGUGCUCUCAAAUUACAAUUUACUUGUGGAACCACCGGUUAUGAAGAGCUUAUCCUACAAGGAAUGCCAUUACCAUCUUUGCGUACAUUACGACGAAAGUUAGAAAACUUAAAAUUUGAAAGUGGCAUCUCAAAUGAAAUGUUUGACUUUUUAAAAUUGAAAGCGUCUCGUUUACAAGAUAAUGACAAAGAAUGCGGAUUAGUUAUGGAUGAAAUGAGCAUAACACCGAAAAAUAUUUACGACUCAUCAACAAAAACAAUGCUUGGAAACAUAACAUAUCCAAAUGAGAAAGAUCAUAAAUAAAGCUGAGAAUAUUGGUUUACAUAUUAAUUAUGUAACCUGCGACAUGGGUCCUGGAAAUCAGAGACUAUGGAAAGCUUGUGGAAUAAACGUAGGGCGAUAUUCUAAUCUAAGAAAUUAUAUACCACAUCCAUCUGAUUCUAGUAGAUUUUUAUAUUUUAUUGCGGAUAUUGCACAUCUGUUGAAAAAUUUAAAACAAGCAUUAAUUAACAACAAAUUUUUUAUCUUGCCCCAAGAAUUUGUAAUAAAAUAUAACUUGCCAUCGAACAGGGUUGAAAUUGCACAUUUUAAUGAUUUACUUGAAUGUCAAAAAGAUUCAGAAUUACUUUUAACGCCAAGAUUACGUAUAGAUGAUAUUGAAAGUACUAAUACUUUUAGUAAAAUGCGGGUGAAUAAAGCAAAAAACGUGUUUUCAACAGAUGUCAGUAGUUCAUUUGAAUUUCUGGCAGAUGAAAAUUCUAAGCCAGAAUUUCUUGCUACUGCUUGGUUUGUCAAAACUAUCUCUAGAUGGUUCUCGUUAAUGACUUCAAGAAAUUGUAAUAAAGCAUUAGGUUUAAAAAAUGAAGAAAUAUACAAUGAUAACAUUAAAUUUUUAUACGAAGUUAUUGAUCUCUUUAAUAACAUAAAAAUCGGUCAGAAAGAAACAUUUAAACCUGUUCAAAGAGGAAUUAUAUUAUCCACGACAUCAAUCAUUAAUCUUGUAGAAUAUCUUUUAAAAGAUCGUAAUUUUAAAUUUGUGUUAACUGGACGUCUGACACAGGAUUGUAUGGAAAACCUAUUUUCAGUUAUACGUCAAAAAAAUGUAAUUCCAAAUUGUUUACAGUUUAAAAACAAUUUGAAACUAAUUGCUAUAUCAAUGUAUAUGAGACCAAUAGUAGCAGGAAAUUAUGAUUAUGAUGAAAAUGAAGACGAAUAUAUUUCUGACUUUUUAGAAUACUUAUCAAAAAGUGGUAAAAAGGAUAAUGUAUCAGCUGAUAUUUCCUUUACUUCUAAUGCUUCAGCUACAAU